AUGGCCGGUAUGUGCUUGACUGAGGUCUUCCUUCGCCAAGUCGGUGACCAGGACGUCUUGGUGCAAUUCCAAGCAGUAUCUCUGAAUUACCACGACUAUGCCAUUUUUAAGCAUCCAAUCGUAGCUAGCUCCAAUAGCGCAGGUGUAGUUGUUCAGGUUGGUUCCAGUGUCAGAGAAUUCAAGAACGGCCAUCAGCAUGGUGGCAUUGAUCCUUACGCUGCAUCAACCGGUGUUGGUGGUAUAAUAGAUGGCGCUCUUCGCCAAUUUUGUAUCUGUAACGAGACUGUGUUAGUGAAGGCGCCGAAAAGCAUCAGUUCUUUAGAAGGUAGCACCCUUCCAUGCGUGCCGCUCACAUCCUGGAAUGCAUUAUAUGGGCUUAGACCUAUGAAAGCUGGGCAGUCUGUGCUUGUGCAGGGAACUUUGGCAAAAGCUGCAGGUGCGGCAGUUAUCACCACCACUUAUUCAGAAGCAGAAGCCCUGAAAUUGAAGGAACUAGGGGCCGAUCAUGUUAUCGACUACCGGCCCGAGCCAAACUGGGCGGAUGUUGACUAUAUCAUGGAUAUUGGGGGCAAGGAUACACUUGAGCAGAGUCUGAAGUGUAUCAAGACAGAGGGGAUCAUCAAUUUAUUUGAAUUUUUGGGUGCAAGUGACAAGCCUCAACCCAGGCUUCUGGAAGCUUUGAGCCGUACUAGUCAGAGCGUUCGAGCGAAAGAUAUCCGUCCCGUGCUUGAUAGUAGAAUCGUUAAACUUGAACAGGGCAAAGAAGCGCUUGAAUAUUUCGCGGCCCAGAAGCAUAUUGGCAAAGUUGUGGUCCGGAUCAUGUAG